UGCGUUGCGGAGGUUGUGGGCACAUACCUGCUGGUGCUUUUCGGCACGGGGUCUGUGGCCGCCGCCGUGCUGACCGGCGCACAGGUUGGCCUGUGGCAGGUGGCUGUAGUCUGGGGCUUUGGAAUAACCCUGGCCAUCUACGCGACGGCGGCCAUAUCGGGGGCGCACCUGAACCCGGCGGUGUCCCUGUCCUUUGCCAUCUUCCGCCGCGACGAGUUCCCCGUGAACCGGCUGCUCCCCUACUGGAUAUCCCAGAUGGUUGGAGGCGUCCUGGGCGGGCUCACCAUACUGUGGCUGUUCGGCUCCUUCAUCACAGAGUUUGAGGCUGUCCAGGGGCUGGUCAGAGGCGAACCCGGCAGCCAGCUAUCGGCGAUGGUGUUCGGGGAGUACUUCCCAAAUCCCGCCGUAUUCGGCACAGACGAAGCCGCUCGCUCCCUGAUCUCCCCGGCAAAAGCCCUGGUGGUGGAGGCCUCGGUACGACCGCCACAACGCGGCCUGCCCACCAAGCACCUGGCGCCUUUCUUCAUUGGCUUUACGGUGGCAGCGCUCAUCAGCCUGUUCGCCCCGCUGACACAGGCCGGCUGGAACCCGGCGCGCGAUUUCGGCCCGCGCAUAGUCGCCUACCUGGCCGGCUGGGACGCAAUAGCGAUACCCGGGCCGUCGUCCGGCUUCUGGGUCUACAUCAUCGGGCCACUCAUAGGCGGGCCGAUAGGCGCGGCCGUACACGAGUUCAUCCUGGGACCACUCCGGAAGCGGCAAGCCGAGGAAGCGGAAUAG